AUGUCCGACACAGAAGAAGUUGAUCAGGUCGAGGCUGUAGAAGAGGAGGUAGUAGAGGAGGUAGAGGUGGCCCCUGAGGCAGCCCCUGAGCCAGAGCCAGAGGCAGAACCAGAGCCAGAGCCAGAGCCAGAACCAGAGGUAGAACCAGAACCAGAACCUGAACCCGAGGAUGAGGCUGAGCCUGAAGACGCUGUUGAAGAGGAAGAGGAGAAGCCAAAGUUCAAGCCCAGCGCUCCAAAAAUCCCAGAUGGUGAGAAAGUGGACUUUGAUGACAUCCAGAAGAAACGUCAGAACAAGGACCUGGUCGAGCUGCAGGGUCUGAUCGAUGCUCACUUUGAGCACAGGAAGAAGGAGGAGGAGGAGCUGAUUGCCCUCAAGGACAGGAUUGAGAAGCGUCGUGCCGAGAGGUCCGAGCAGCAGAGGGUCCGUAGUGAGAAGGAAAAGGAGCGCCAGGUCAAACGUGAGGAGGAAAGGCGGAUCAGGGAGGAGAAUGAUGCCAAGAAGAAGAUGGAUGAGGAUGCCAAGAAGAAGUCAGCUCUGUCCAGCAUGGGCUCCAACUACAGCAGUCACCUGCAGAAAGCUGACCAGAAGAGAGGUGGAAAGAAAGAGACUGAGAGAGAGAAGAAGAAGAAGAUCCUGGCCGCCAGGCGCAAGCAACUCAACGUUGACCAUCUGAACGAAGACAAGCUGAAGGAUAAGAUCAAUGAGCUGAACGAAUGGAUGACCCAGCUUGAGUCUGAGAAGUUCGACCAUAUGGAGAGACUGAAGAGGCAGAAGUAUGAGGUUACAACCCUGCGUAAGAGAGUGGAGGAGCUCAGUAAAUUCAGCAAGAAGGGAGCCGCCGCCCGCCGCAGAAAGUAAACGAGCCCUCACCUCUGCUCAGAAACCAAACUGCGAUCGUCUCGGACAAACGCCUGAUGAAGCUACGCACACUGUGGCGAAGGUCGCACCUCAGAAGAAGCAAGUAAUGCUGAGGUUCACCCGGAAGUUACCAACCCACGUCUUAAUUUAUGCAACCAGGGGCCUUUAGCUGCUUUUCAAUAGGAAUAAAAAGUACUGAAACUGAA